GAUCCGAACUGAUGUGGAAACACACACACACACACACACACACACACACACACACACUCUGUGUGUUUACGUGUUUUCAGUCUCACCAUCGUGGCGUUCAGGCAGGUCGCGUUGUCGGGACGACCUGUUUGUCUGCGAUGGUUCUGAUGACAGAUCUGUGGCAGCUCUGUUUCGUCAUCACAUCAAUAACUUACUCGUCACGUCAAAACUUCCUUAAUUGAGGCGACGACAACAAACCGCUUUGGCUUCAAAGAGCCGUGAGGACGAACGCAACGACACGUGGAGUUAAUGUAAAAAAAAAAAAUUAAAAAAACGCAAAGCGAGCCGGAGACAGAUCUAAAGAAACUAAAGUGGACUGAGAAAGAAGAACAUGCAUGGUGUUGUGAUGAACAGCUAAGGUCGACUCAAACACGCACAGAACCAUGAACAUGUCAGCGAUGCAUUCAGGCUCCCCUACUGCUGAGGAUCCGACCACGCCCCCGCCCAUGACCACGCCUCCUCGCAAAGCCUCGGUCCGCCUGCAGGAGAGGCGGGGCUCCAACCUGUCUCUGCUAUUGGACGUUACGAGUCUGGGGGUGGAGCCUGUCUGCUCCGUCUCCACCCCAAAGGAGGUGUGGCUUCAGCUGCUUCACACCUCCUCGCGACCGCUCACACACUCGAUGCUGCAGCAGGCUGCCGUGGACACAAACACGCUGAAUGUAGAGUACCAGAAGAUCCCUCCGAACUUUGUGAGCACUGCGGAGCUCGAUGUUCCAGGACACAUGAUCAAGGACAGAUACAAAACCAUCCUGCCCAACCCUGAGAGCCGGGUGAUCCUGAGGAGCUCAGAGGAAGAGGCGGGGCCAGACCGCUACAUCAACGCCAACUACAUCAGGGGUUACAAAGGAGCUCCCCGGGCCUACAUCGCCACCCAGGGGCCGAUGCUGCACACUGUGGGGGACUUCUGGGACAUGGUGUGGCAGGAGAGGAGCAGCAUCAUCGUCAUGGUUACCAGACUGAAGGAGAACAACGAGAAAUGCGAGUUGUACUGGCCACAGCCGAGAGAGAGAAGGGGGAGAAGGAGGCUGAAGGAGGAGGAGGAGCAGAGGGAGGAAGAGGAGGAGGAGGACGAGGAGGAGGAGAAAGGAGAGACAGGCCGAUUUGGCAGAUUCCUCCUCAGAGUGAAAGACAGCCGAGAGAAAGACGGCUUCACCGUCACUGACAUGGAGAUCCAGCUGUGUGCCGAGCGCCGUCCCGUCAGACAUUAUUGGUUCACCUCUUGGCCUGACCACCACAUCCCACAAUGCACUGCUCCCCUGCUGAGACUCGUGGAGGAGGUGGAGACGUACAGCAAGUCCCUCCUACCGCCCAGCUCGCAGCCAAUCACAGCCCCCGUCGCCGACCGCGGACCAAUCAUCGUCCACUGCAGGUAUCGGCAGGACCGGCUGCUUCAUCGUCGGCAGCAUCGGCUGUCAGCAGCUCAGAGAGAGCGGGCAGGUCGACAUCCUGGAGACGGUGUGUCAGCUCCGCCUGGACAGGGGUGGAAUGAUCCAAACCACAGAGCAGUACCAGUUCCUGUAUUCUAUGCUGGCCCAGUACAGCUCGCAGCUACAACACAACCAGGAGCAGAACCAGAACCAGCCUGACACACUGCCACAGAACCAGCAGAACCCAGAGGACCAAGCCAGCAAACAGCUACAGAACCUCCAUCUGGACAACACACAGAAUGUGAAGAACUGAUGCAGAUGUUUCAAAAGCAGGUACACACCUGAAAAACUCCAGGAGACCUCGAGAACCACCAGAAUGUACGUUCAUCAAUAUCAUCAGAACCAGAACCAGCAGCCAAACCCAAAGAACUGAUGCACUAACAGAUGGAGGAUUUUGGGGGGAACCCACCACUCACAGUGUGUGCAGGUAGAGAUCCUGAAGAACAUCAUGAGGCUCAUCCUGGACUGAAUCACUAAAACCAACAGAACCAAGUAAAAAAAACACAGAUGGAAAAUGACCCAAUAUAUGUAAUUAAUUAAUAAUUAAUAUGAACUCAAAUAAAAAGACGUCCUGUGACAUUCACCUUA